CGGGCAGCUCCCCAGCGGAUCCCGCGGUGAUAAAACUUGAGAAAUAACAAGGAGGGGCGGCCCGGCGUCUCCUGGGUCCAAUCCCGUCUCAGAAGCGAACACGCUCCCAGGCAGGGAAGCCUAAGAGAGGCCAAGGCGACGGAGACGUGCAGCAGCGAGAAACUCGCCUCCCGCUCUGCCGCACCUCCGCGGGCUCUCGCUUUCGGCAUCCCGCCCGGCCCCCACAUGGACGCCGCAGGGCCCCGGAGCUCCCUGCGUGGAGCACUCUGCAGCCUGCUGCUGACCCUUAUGCUCUUCAGUUUUGCUUGUAAAGCCUGCAAAAAGGUGAUAUUUAAUAUACCUUCUAAACUAGAGGCAGACAAAAUGGUCGGCAGAGUUAAUUUGAAAGAGUGCCUCAGGUCUGCAGACCUCAUCCAGUUGAGUGACCCUGAUUUCCGAGUUCUAGAUGAUGGGUCAGUAUACACAGCCAACACUAUUGUGUUAUCUGAUGAGAAAAGGUCCUUCACCCUGUGGCUUUCUGACACGAAGAAACAGACACGGAAAGAGAUUACUGUGCUCCUGGAACAUCAGAAGAAGGUAUUGAGGAAAAGACAUACUAAAGAAACUGUUCUCAGACGUUCCAAGAGGAGAUGGGCACCUAUUCCCUGUUCAAUGCAAGAGAAUUCCUUGGGCCCCUUCCCACUGUUUCUUCAGCAAGUUCAGUCUGAUGCAGCACAGAACUAUACUGUCUUCUAUUCCAUAAGUGGACGUGGAGUUGACCAAGAACCUUUAAAUUUGUUCUUCAUAGAAAAAGACACUGGAAAUCUGUUCUGUACUCGGCCUGUGGAUCGUGAAGAAUAUGACAUUUUUGAUUUGAUUGCCUAUGCAUCAACUGCAGAUGGAUAUUCAGCAGACUUACCUCUUCCACUGCCCAUCAGAGUGGAGGAUGAAAAUGACAACCAUCCUCUUUUCACAGAGCAAAUUUAUAAUUUUGAAGUUCCAGAAAGUAGUAAACUUGGUACUACAGUGGGAGUGGUUUGUGCCACAGACAGAGAUGAACCAGAUACGAUGCAUACGCGCCUGAAGUAUAGCAUUUUGGAGCAGACGCCAAGAUCACCUGGGAUUUUUUCCGUGCAUCCCAAAACAGGCGUAAUCACCAUAGUCUCUAAUUAUUUGGACAGAGAGGUUGUAGACAAGUACAAAUUGAUAAUGAAAGUACAAGACAUGGAUGGUCAAUUUUUUGGAUUGAUGAGUACAUCAACUUGCCUUAUAACAGUAAAAGAUUCAAAUGACAAUGCACCUGCUUUUAAAGAAAAUACUUAUGAAGUAUCAGUAGAGGAAAAUGCAUUCAAUGUGGAAAUCUUACGAAUACCAAUAGAAGACAAGGAUUUGAUUAACACUGCCAAUUGGAGAGCCAAUUUUACCAUUUUAAAGGGCAAUGAAAAUGGACAUUUCAAAAUCAGUACAGACAAGAAAACUAAUGAAGGCGUUCUGUGUGUUGUAAAGCCACUGAAUUAUGAAGAAAACCAUCAAGUGAUUCUGGAAAUUGGAGUAGGCAAUGAAGCUCCGUUUAGUAGAGAUAGUGCACUCAGGACGACAACCAUGAACAGAGCUUUGGUCACAGUUCACGUGAGGGAUCAGGACGAAGGGCCUGAAUGCAAUCCCGCAGCCCAAUAUGUACGGAUUAAAGAAAAUUCAGUAGUGGGAUCGAAUAUCAAUGGCUAUAAGGCAUAUGACCCUGAAACUAAAAGUAGCAACGGUUUAAGAUACAAAAAAUUACAUGAUCCUGAAGGGUGGAUCACAAUUGAUGAAAUUUCAGGGUCAAUCAAAACUUCCAAAAUUCUGGACAGGGAGGCUGCAAUUCCCAGAAAUAACUUAUAUAAUAUUACAGUCCUGGCAACAGACAAAGAUGGUAGAUCAUGUACUGGGACACUUGUAGUUAAUGUCGAAGAUGUGAAUGAUAAUGCACCAAAAAUACUUCAAGAUUAUCUAGUCAUUUGCAAACCAAAAAUGGGAUAUACUGACAUUUCAGCUGUUGAUCCCGAUGAACCUAUCCAUGGUGCCCCAUUUUAUUUCAGCUUGGCAAACACUUCUCCAGAAAUCAACAAAAUAUGGACCCUCUCCAAAAUUAAUGAUACAGCUGCCCGUCUUACAUAUCAAAAAAAUGCUGACUUUCAAGAAUAUAAUAUUCCUAUUACUGUCAAAGAUAGAGCAGGUCAAUCUGCAACAAAAACCUUGAGAGUUAAUCUCUGCGAUUGUACUUAUCCAAGUCAAUGUGUGGUGGCUAAAAGGAGUGCAGGGGCAUCACUUGGAAAAUGGGCAAUCCUUGCGAUCCUACUGGGCAUAGCAUUACUUUUUUCUGUAUUGCUAACUUUAGUAUGUGGAGUUGUUGGUGCCAAAAAGAAAAAAGGUUUUCCUGAAGAUUUAGCACAGCAAAAUUUAAUUAUAUCAAACACAGAAGCACCUGGAGAUGAUAAGGUGUGUUCUGGUAAUGAGUUUAUGACCCAGACAGUCAACAACUCUAGCCAAGGACUUUGUGGUACUAUGGGAUCAGGAGUCAAAAAUGGAGGACAGGAAAUCAUUGAAAUGGUCAAAGGAGGACACCAGACCUUGGAAUCAUGUCGCGGGCAUCAUCACACCCUGGAUUCCUGCAGGGGAGGACAUGUGGAGAUGGACAACUCCAGAUACACUUACUCAGAGUGGCAUAAUUUCACUCAGCCCCGUCUUCAUGAAAAAUUGCAUCUAUGUAAUCAGAAUGAAGACCACAUCCCAUCUCAAGACUAUAUCCUUACAUAUAACUAUGAAGGAAGAGGAUCUCCAGCUGGUUCUGUAGGUUGCUGCAGUGAAAAACAGGAAGAAGAUGGUCUUGACUUUUUAAAUAAUUUGGAAGCUAAAUUUACUUCAUUAGCAGAAACAUGCACAAAGGGCUGAUGGUACAGUGCUACAAUUAGACAUGCUUUUGUCAGACAUUCUGCAGUUUUCCAAAAGUGAUACUGUAAACAUCAAUUUCAGUUUCUAAAUAUGAAUAUGAAUGUUUGUGAAUUUUUCUAAAUUUUAAAUUAUGUUAAUUACCAAUUUAUAUUUUCAAGACAAUUCAUUGCUUAUCUUUUCCAAGAAGUUUAAAUGUUAAAACAGAUUUUGCCUUCUUUACUGAUGAGUAAAUAGACAACUAGCAAAUCUCAUGCUGUAGCGUUGCAAUUAAAGUUUAUAAAGGACCGGCCCUCUUUACAGAUAUUUUCCCAAUAUAAAUAUGUUAGGUAAAUAUUAGUCUAACAAUAGCUAAGUUGUACUUAAUUGAAUAUAGCAGAACAAUUAUCUGGGUUAGAAAUUCUGUUUUUGUUCCAGAUUUAGAUUUAAGUGGAAUAAGAUUAUAUAAAAUACAAUAACAAAUUAUAUUGGAUUUUUUAGCUCUAAACAAUCAGUAGUGCCUACUCAGUAGCCCUUAAGAUUUCUAGAAUUUUGUUUUCCUUCAGGUUAGCAAAAGAUCUUGGAGAGCAGUAUUAUCUACUUACUCGAUUGCCCUAAUAAAAUUCUCAAAAGUACAUAGCCACAACUUUAAACUACACCAGGAAAGUUUAGACUAAAAGAUUGUGUUGCUUUUAUACUUUUGACAGUGUGUUCUGUGGUUUAUAAAAAAGAUUAUUAUGAGAAAUAUGUUUCCUUAUUCUCAAGAAACAAAAUUAUAUUUUCCAUAGGGUUAUUAUCUGUAUUUUAAUGAAAAACACUAACAAUCUUUUAUUAAGAUUAUAAUUCCAAGUUUUAAUAUUUUUUUUC